CCGAAAUCCUUCCAAAGGCUUUGAAGGGCGGGGUCAAACCUCCUGUCUAUCACAUCCCAAAACUUUCACACGCUCUGCCAUCACACGACUACAGUCUACAGUAACAUUAGCACUAAAUUUGCCCAUCCAUACACCAGUAAACAAUAAUCAAAUAACAUAGUAUACAAUCAAACUAAUUUUUCGCUUGUCUGGAUCGUCCCUCUUAACCUCCUACCUGCAAAUAUGCUGCAAAUGAAGUGUUAUCGACCAUCUAUCAUCCAGUUGGUCUGUAUUUACAAACAAACGAUACCAUGGCAACCUGCCCCUUUUUCGUGUCAUUCCCUCGCGGCGACCGUUUUCCAUAUUGAUUGACAGUACCAGUCGGUGCAAUACAAACAUAUUGUAUAAUUGAUGAAGAAUGGCAUCAGCUUGUCUGGACUAUGUCAGACGGCACAUUUCUAGUUUCCGUUACCGGCCAGAUUGAAUACGUCGACAUUUUAGCGCCGGCAGGUAGUGCGUGGCAUUGCAAAUACGAGUUCGUUACUGGACCAGAUUGGAAAAUAAUAGGGGGGCUGGAAGCCGGCUUAUCCCAGAUAUCCAACGUUGUCGUCAACGGUGAUAGGGUUGUGCUGAAUUUUCCUCUGGAAAUUAACUUUAAAUCCACCAACAUCUAUGGCUGGCCUCAACUUGUUCUCAGUGUUUACAAGGGCAUGCAGUUGGAAGGAUAUGGUCGGAUACACAUGCCCCUGAGACCAGGUGUUCAUAAACUCGACGCUUCUUUAGCCAAACCGCAACCAUCGUCGAUGCUGGGAUAUGUCGGGUCGUUUUUUGGAUACCAACCGGAAUUGCUUCAGCCUAAGAUGUUGGCCACCACUGCCGGAAAUCACCUGAUUCAAAUGAUCAGUUAUGGAGAAGUCCGAAUUUCAGUAAACGUUGUAAUGCAGGGUAUAAGAAACCUGGGAUAUGAUCUUGGGAGAGGGAAAGACUAAAAUUGUCAGUAUUUAAAUUGUACAGAUAUGUAUUUUUAAUAAAAGUUGUUACGAAAA